ACAUCUUAUUCCAUCUCACAUCCCGUCACUUCGUAUACUGCACCGCUUCGAGUCACACCGAGGACGUUCAACACCCAGCCACGAUCCGAGUCCUCAAAUAACUUACGACUGUGCUCGUGGCCGUCGCCUCCUCAUCAUAUGUGAUGGUUGAUGAGGCAACCGUACAGACUCUAUCCGUCUUUUGUGACCACACCUGCUCGUACACCAUUGCCCCCGCCAGCUAUGGCCGCGGCACACAUCUCCUUCUAAAUGGGUUUCCGAACUCCUCGUACGACUGGCGUCAUACUAUCAAGGAGCUCACAGCCGAGGGCUUUGGGGUUGUUGCGCCGGAUCUCCUGGGCUAUGGGGCUAAUUCCAAGCCUACUGCAGUGGAAGAGUGCACACAGGAGGAAGCCAGCGGCCCCAUUGUGGAAAUCCUGCAGCACGAAGGCAUUUCGGCGUGGUGAGUGUGGGCUAUGAUUGGUAUGUCUUCCACCACAACAGUACACAAUUGGGGAUCUAACAUAGAGCAGAGGCGCGGGACUUCUCAGCGCCGUGUGGUACUGCUAUUCAGAUCUUUCCAAGAGCCUGUAU